ACACAACUCCCUUUGCACUCUCUCUCUCACUCUCUCACACACACACACACACUGUGACACAAUCUCCUGAAUCGAUCGACCAUGGCUCUGUGUGCUUCAAUCUCGUCUAUCCCUCCCUCUCUCUCCAUAUCUACCCUUCACCCUCCAAGAAGAACUCACAGACGCUACUUGUCAUUCCCUCCGCUUGCUUCUCAGAGCUCAUCAGCAGCAUCCCCUGAAUCAUCAUCAUCGUCCUCACCUGAAACCAUUGUAUCCUCCAAUCCUUCAUCAAAGCCCUUUUCUCAAUCCUCUAAAGUCCCUGACAAGGGCCUCAACUACGCCCUAGCCAGCCCCAGUAGCAACCCAGUUGUUCGCUUUGUUCGCUCCACUGAGUCCUCCAUUGAAAGAGUAAUAUUUGACUUCCGCUUUCUGGCACUUUUGGCUGUUGGGGGUUCAUUGGCUGGUUCUUUGCUGUGCUUUCUAAAUGGUUGUGUUUACAUUGUUGAUGCGUACAAAGUUUACUGGUCAAGCUGUGUCAAAGGAAUACACACUGGACAGAUGGUACUGCGAUUAGUUGAAGCUAUUGAUGUAUAUCUUGCUGGGACUGUCAUGUUAAUAUUUGGCAUGGGCUUGUAUGGACUAUUUAUCAGUAAUGUACCUCCUGAUUCACCUCCAACUGUUGAUCGUGCUCUCGAGGGCUCUUCCUUGUUUGGGAUGUUUUCCUUAAAGGAGAGGCCUAAAUGGAUGAAAAUCAGCUCGCUUGAUGAAUUAAAGACGAAAGUUGGACAUGUCAUUGUCAUGAUUCUUCUUGUGAAGAUGUUUGAGAGGAGCAAGAUGGUGACUAUAGCCACUGGUCUGGAUUUAUUAAGCUACUCCGUAUGUAUUUUCUUAUCUUCUGCUUCCUUGUACAUCCUUCAUAAUUUGCACAAGUCAGACUAAACUGUCAAACAAAAAUAUGUUCUGAUAACAUGUAAAAAUUGAAAUUAUUAAUGGAGAUCUUGGAAGGAAA